AUGCCCGACGAUGCAGAAGAUGCCAACAAUGCACUUCUUCGAGGUCUCGUGCUUUGCAGCACCUCGCUCUCGCAGGAUCUUAGAGACAAGCUCAAUGAUCUUGCAAGAAGCAUGGGUGCCAUCCACCGUCUCGACCUCACCGCCGACGUGACACAUUUGAUAGUCGGCAACAUCGAUACACCCAAAUGCAGACAUACCGCCAAAGAAAGACCCGACAUACACGUUCUCAAGCCCGAAUGGAUUCAUGCCAUACGCAAAGCCUACAUGGAAGAUCAAGAUAUCGACCUUGGCGCCUUGGUCCAAGAACACCGCCUACCCGUUUUCUACAACUUGCACAUAUCUGUCACGGGCUUCGAAGACAUUGAAGAAAGACAGCACAUCAUAGAAAAGAUCAGAAACAAUGGCGCUCAUUAUCAUGGAGAUCUUACCAGAGAAGUCACCCACCUGAUUGUCGCCAAACCAAAGGGUGCAAAGUACGAGCGUGCACAGUCUUGGAACAUCAAGACCAUUUCCCUGAAAUGGCUCGAAGAAAGUCUUGACAGAGGCAUGGCUGUCGACGAGUCAUUAUACCAUCCUCUAAUGUCCCUCGAGGAUCAGGGUAAAGGCGCUUUUGUACGUGGUUAUCAGCGGCCUCCUGUGCUUGGAAAAAGACAGCGUGAAGAAUCUGCUGUUGCACCAAAAGAAGAAAUUGGCAAGCGGAAGAUGCGACGCACUGCAAGUGCUAAGUUGGCAGAUCACAGUCAAAACAUGAUGACCAGUUUCUUAUCGCUUGGAGGCGAAGAGUCAUCCGAAGUCACAAACGAUCAGUGGACAGAGAACCCACAAGUUACAACGCCGCCACGAAGCCUCAGUCCUCCCCGUCGAUCCACCAACAUCUCUCGGCCUCCAUCAUGGGAUACGGGUCCUGUACCCCAUGAAGAAGAGCCAGGACUCUUCUCGGGUAUCUCGUGUCUUGUGCACGGUCAUGACGAGAAAAAGGCAGCCAAGAUUGACGACAUCAUAGGUUCAAAUGGAGGUCAAGUAACUCGUCAUGUUGAAGCCUUUUGCGCAACUCAAAAUGGCGCUUCGAGCCAACGCAAAGUCCUCAUACUCCCAAGUGAAUGGACGUCCACGAACAUAGGCUCAUUUCCCGAGGUUUCUCCUGAAACAUGGCUCGCGACGGAGUGGUGGUUGGAGAGAUGUAUCAAGCACAAGACGAUUGUCGAUCCUGAUCAUGAUAUCCUUAGUCAACCGCAUCUCAGUCUACCAAUCGAUGGCUUUGAAGGUCUGAGAAUAGCGACUUCUGGCAUGGGCCACGACGUCUUACACAUUUCGAAGGUGGUCAGACUUGCAGGCGCAUCCUACGACGAAGUAUUGUUGCCGAAGACAUCUAUCCUAGUGGUUCCUGGCACAGCGACAAAUCCAGAAAAGAUAGCAUAUGCUGCAAAGCACAAGAUUCCCGUCGUCUCAGAUACAUGGCUUUAUUCUAGCCUACAACACGCACGGAAAAUGCCAAUGAACGAUUACAUGGUGGCUGGUGGGCCAAAGCAGAUGCUCGACCGGCAAUAUCUUGACCAUCCGUCUCGAGAAGCCAGUAUCGCUCCUCCACAAGACAAGAGGUAG